AUGACCUAUCCUGCUCUAGAAAAGACAGAAAAAGGGACCAUCUGCAACCGGAAGUAGUUGUAAAGUGUGGGGAGGGCGAGGAAGUGGCGGUUCGAGCUGUAUCUUUACCGUAGGUCACGUGGAGGUGGCGCGGUAGUUUCUGCUCUCCCCCCUUGGCGGAGCCCGGCGCGGCUGCAGCAUGGCGGAUACGGCCUCUCAGAUGCUGCUGGGCUCCGGCCUCACUGUGCUCUCGCAACCGCUCAUGUACGUGAAGGUACUCGUACAGGUGGGAUAUGAACCCCUCCCUCCAACUCUGGGAAGAAAUAUUUUUGGGCGACAGGUCUAUCAGCUGCCUGGUCUCUUUGCUUAUGCAAAACACAUUAUGAAGAUUGAUGGAAGGGCUGGACUCUUCAAAGGUUUGGCUCCUAGACUCUGCUCAGGAGCUAUCGGCACUAUAGUGCACAGUAAAGUUCUGCAGCGCUGUCAGGAAGCUGAUGAAGUUGAGGAAGCAGGGAACAGUUGCAAGGAGUCUGGGUCCUCCCUGGAGCAAGUUAUUAAGGAGACUUCUCAAGAGAUGAUUGCACGUUCUGCUGCUACACUAGUCACCCACCCUUUUCAUGUGAUCACAUUGAGGUGUAUGGUGCAGUUCAUUGGCAGAGAGACCAAAUACAGUGGGGUGUUGAGCUCCUUUGUCACCAUUUACCGGGAAGAGGGCAUUCUUGGAUUUUUUGCGGGCCUUAUUCCCCGCCUGCUCGGAGACAUCCUGUCUUUGUGGCUCUGUAACAUGCUGGCCUACCUCAUCAAUACCUACGCACUGGAGAAUGGGGUCUCCACCAUGUCCGAGAUGAAGAGUUAUUCUCAGGCUGUCACUGGAUUCUUUGCCAGUAUGCUGACUUACCCUUUUGUGCUUGUCUCAAACCUGAUGGCCAUUAACAGUUGUGGGCUCGCUGGUGGCCUCCCUCGUUACGCCCCCGCUUACUCCUCCUGGUUACACUGCUGGAGCCAGCUGCAAGAGGAGGGCAACAUGAGCCGAGGGAACAGCCUGUUUUUCCGGAAGGUGCCUGCAGGGAAGCGGUAUGUCUGGGAAGAGAAGAGGUUUCACUGAGUCCUCAGCCACUUGCGGCUGCUCCAGAUGCACAGAAUGAUGGCAGUGUGUUGAUUUCUAUACAGUUUUUUUUAAAAAAAAACAACCACCAAUAAUCAUUUAAUCUUGGGAAAUGGACCUGGCUGUGAGCAUGACUUAAUGACAAGUGCGAUGGGGGGGGAGUUUUAUUAUUUCUAUCUCUCAGAUCAGUGGAGGGCAGCAGGGGCGGUGAUGUUGAGAAAACCACCCCUCUUGGGAACAAGUGAUGGCUUCCACUCUUGUGAAUGUGGGAAGUUCUUCCUUUUCCAAAGAGCAAGGAUGUCUGUGUUGACGGGAGUGCUGUCUUUCUCUCUAGCUCCUGCCUUCUAAUGGAUGAUGCCAUCCCAGGACUGCUGUGGGUUGGUGGGAAAGGGUUCUUGUCCCAAAGCUGCUUGUGGGAUAAGGGUUCCAUAAUCCCCUAUGCAUUUUACUCAAAGCUAUUUAAUUAGUCUGGGGAAAACGGGUCAAUAAUUUCCCCUCCUGUUCCCAGGCAAUGCAUCUCUUAGCCUUUACCUCUUCAAACAUUUUGUUAGCUUCAGGUUUGAAAAGCUUCCAGGUAAAAUGCUAAUCCUGCCUGGCUGGGCAGGGAGUUAAACAUUACCAAGGCUGUAGCAGGCCCAUCAAGUGUGUGUUCUCUCACUAAGCAGAUCUGGAGUGCACCUCUAAACCUCCUCAGCGGCACUCCUUUCUGAGUUUUGCAUGGGAUGGCCACCAGAUAGGGAGGCUAUUUGAAAUGGUUCCACAUGGCCAUUGCAUAGCGAGGGGUUCCAGGUAGCUGCUCACCUCCUGUCAAGUAUACUGCUGCAAGCAUUAAGAGAGGAAGAUGGGUGGAUAAAAAUACCCAGUCCAGCCACUAUGAAGUGCUGCACGCAAGGCUCCCACACAAUGACAGCUGCCACAUUGUGAUCUCAGUGAGCCUCUCUUCUAUCGCUGCAAUAUAUGAGUUAGUCCUCUGUAGCGGAGGUGGUGGGGCACCUUCCCUGAGGAACAGACCCCUGUGUCUCAUCUGCUGUUGGUUCUGAAUGAACUUAAAAAACAGUAAACAAUUGACUUCUGAAACUACUAUUCUGUCAAGAGGAUUGAAAGCUGUCAAAUAUUGGGCACAAGUGGUUGUAGAAGAGAGGAGUUAUCCUUAUGUCUGUGCCUGGAAAAAUUGCUGUUUGGAAGUGUGACCAUAAAACCAUGAAACCACGUGAUGCGUUAACUCAGCAUGCUAUGAGGAAAGUCUCUAUUAGCAUUCUUUGUUAAUAAAGUUGUAGACAGUGUCACUGGAGAA